UGCACCGAACAUCUUUCUCUCUCUCUCUGUCCUUCACUUUUUCAAGCUCCUAUUAACCAAACACAACUCUCUCUCUCUCUCUCUCUCUCUCUCUCUCCCACAUAGUUGGUGUCUAUAUGUCUAUGUCAUGAGCACUUAAGGAGAGGGAGAGGGGUUGGAGAGAGAUCUUGCCUUAUGCCUACAUAAAUCUAUGCAUAUGCAUGGACUCCAUCUUCCAACUUGAUGAUGGAGGCCGUGCCACCUUUCUCCAACACAUGCUCCACUCUUUUGCCUCCACUUAUAUCUGCCUCUGGUCUUACAUACCCCAACCAUCCAGUUGUUUGAUCUCCACGGACGGAUUGUACAUUGGAGAAAACAACCAACCCAGCUCCUCCUCUGGAACUGGAAGUCGUGCUCGGAGGUUAUUCGAUGAAUAUCGACAAGGGUUAUUCGUUCUUGGAAAUGAUCAGUAUGGCACAAAUUAUUGGAAAAUAAACAAUGUCUCUCCGCAAAUAUAUAAACGCAUAAUGGAAUUGGGUUGUUGCUUUGGUUAUUAUUUCAGCCGGGUUCCGGGACUUGCCUUCAGGAAUGGUGUUCCAUACAUGGAGCUCAAGGAAUUGGACCUCCUAAGUCUAGCAUCUAUUGAACCACAGCUGCAAUUCUAUCAGGAAGCUAGGAUUAAGACUGCAAUAUUUAUGGGGUGCAAUAUUGGAGAGAUUGAGCUAGGCUUCUCUAAUGAUACUCAAGUUAACUUGGAAAUGGAGAUGAGGAGCUGGUUCCCAGACGAUUUCUCUCGACAAUUAGCAGUACCACCGAUAGAGCUCCCUCCAACGGAUCAACCCCGGCCCUCAUCGUCUUCAUCCUCUUUGAGAUCACUAUCCAUGGGCAGUCCCGAGGCGUCGCCCUUCCUAUUCAACAUCCCAAGUACCCCUUCCUCUCUCCUAGGACCACCCAUCGAACCUUCCAAUAUUGGCCAAGUAGUGAGACCUUUAUCUAGCUCAACUAGUCCUCUUCCCCAAGCCUUCAUCCAAUUCCCCUCUAUUCAAUUCCCUACACCCGAAACCACAGCAACAACAACGACAGAAGCCGGCACAAGCCAAAAGCCAAGUGCAUUCAAGAGAUUUCGAUCAGCUUUAGGCCCUUCAACCAUGACUAUUACGGCUGGAGUUAGAAAGCCGAACAUCCAGAAACGAGCAAUCACGUUCUUUAGAAGCUUGAGUUUGAUGAGAAUCCAAGGACGAGCGCAAGGAAGCCGACCCAUGUCAAGCACUCAGCUGCACCACAUGAUAUCUGAGAGAAAGAGGAGAGAGAAACUUAAUGAGAGCUUUCAAGCAUUGAGAUCACUUCUUCCUCCGGGAACAAAGAAAGACAAGGCAUCGGUGCUUGCUAGCACGACGGACUACUUAGCUUCUUUGAAAGCACAAGUCGAAGAGCUUAAUAAAAGAAAUAGAGAUUUGGAAGAGAGAGUACAACUUUUGGCUAAAAAAAAAGAUCAUGAUCAAGAAGUGAGUCUCUCCCCAGAUCAAAGGCUAGAUGUUCGGAUCACACACGAAGCCGAAUCAACAUCACAAGCCCGUAUUAUUGGGCUGCAAGUGGUUUUGAGUGGAGAAUGCAAUGUGAUGGAUUUGGUGACCAGGAUACUGGAAUUUUUGAGACGAGUUGAGAAUGCGAGCUUAUUGUCUGUGGAGGCAGAUGCCCAAGUGGUUGAUUCAAAUCCUAUCAACAUUGUGAGGUUGAGAUUGAGAAUUGAGGGAGGUGAAUGGGACGAAUCUGCCUUCCAAGAAGCCGUGAGGAGAGUGGUAGCUGACAUGUCACAGUGACGGUUGGACCCAUCUGGCGCUCGACAUGUGGCAUCAUAUAUAAAGGAAAGAAUUUUCAUCCAUGGACCACAUUGUAUAAGUCGUUGGCAGUUCACCUUAAUUUUUCCACUUAUCAUGAUUCAACUCGCAAUUUUGAAAGUGAUCGAAGGGAGGAGCAAGUAUGGUUGCAUAGCGGGAACUAAUUAUUAUUUUAGUAUUUCGUCACUGAACUGGUCAUAGAAAGUAUACGGAGAGACGUGAUUUUUCGAGAUCGAGUGAAUUUUGCCAACACAUUUUAUGAAACCAUGUCUACCCAUUUACUUUACGUGAUCAUAUUUUUGUAGCUGAUUUCUAAUUUGUUGGAGUUCUUUUCAAUUUUUUUAGCUUGAAUUGUAGUGGUAUUGUAUUUCUUAAAAUAUACUGUAGUACAAUGAGUUUUUGGGUUGUGAUGAUGGAGACUUGUAUUGAUCAUAGGGGUGAAGCACCAUGAUUCACUGUGGAGUGCUAACAAAUGGUCAUAUUUCUUGAACGGAAUAUAAUGUUUUGCCCUUAA